GCUCCAGUCAUGGCCGGGAGUUCAGAGAAAGUACCGAUCGCCUCAGCGGGACCAGAGGACCUGCAUCAGUUCAUGCCUCCGGCCUACUCCGCCGUGGCCGUCAAACCCGCCGCCACCGGCCGCCUCCUGAAGGCCGGGAUCGCGGUGCUCAUCGCCGGAGCCCUCCUGCUUCUGCUGGGAGCCGUCGGAGCUUUCUACUUCUGGAACAACAAUGAAAAACACGUCUACAAUGUCCACUACAGCAUGAGCAUCAACGGCAAAGUGGAGGAGGGCUCCAUGGAGAUCGACACGGCCAACAACAUGGAGAGGUUCAGCACCGGCAGCGGGGCCGACGAGGCCGUGGAGGUCCACGACUUUGAGAUUGGGAUCACAGGGAUCCGGUUUGCAGGAGGAGAAAAGUGCUACAUCAAGACCCAGGUGAAAGCCCGCCUGCCUGAUGUGGAGGCUCUGAACAAGGACGCUUUGACAUUUGAUCUGGAGGACGAGGUGAUGCCGGCCAAGUUUGAGGACGAUCUGAUCUGGGUGGCGGCCGACACUCCCCUCUCGGACUCCACCUUCCUCAGCAACAAGAUCAAGGACUUGUGUGAAGACCUGCCAAUUUUCUGGCUUCGCCCCACCUACUCAACCAGCGGCCAGAGGAAGAGGAGGGCCGCCCCCCGCCAGCGCCGGCAGGCAGUCGGGGUCGAGGAGGAGGAGGAGGACGUGGAGGCAGAGUUCAACCCGGAGAACCCCUAUCAGAGAGGCCUGGAGGGCGAGCAGGGCACCAUGGACAUCGACCCCAUGCUGGACCACCAGGGCGUGUGCUGCAACGAGUGCCGCCGCGGCUACACCCACUGCCAGAGGAUCUGCGAGCCGCUGGGUGGCUACCACCCGUGGCCUUACCACUACAGGGGCUGCAGGGUGGCCUGUAGAGUUAUUAUGCCCUGCAAGUGGUGGGUGGCACGCAUUCUGGGUCUGGUGUAGACACCCCCCACCCCCCUACCUGAAAGAUGGUAAAGUCCAGGAGGGAAGGAAGUAAAGGAGGGAAAGAGGGAGGGAGGGGAUGGGGGAUCCUUGGGAGGGGAGAUGAAGGGAAGAAAAGGGUGGUUUUUGUUAUUCUCAUCUACUGUAGGCACCUGAGCAGAUUCGAGUAAAAGUGUCCACACAUUAGAAAUGCACGGUGCCGAAUCUAGGACAGUCAUGAUCUCACAUGUACAAGGUAGAGUCUGCACGCUGCUCGGCUUGUCUUAUUAAAAAAACAUAGCAGCCAUCGAUUUAGAUCCUUCUGAACUACAACAUGCUGUCAAAAUGAAUAUACAGUAAGUUAUGAUAUGCAGCAUCCAGCAGCUCCACACGUUUUAUGAGACAUCACCCAUUUAUCUAGAGGAAGAAGCUUGCAUCCAUACAGUCUGUUUCUGUCACUCUUUUUGCUUUUCUGUAAAUAAAUCUAUAGGGAAGUUCAACAGCUGCCCUAAAUAGCAUCUAUUGCUUGUUUUACUUUUCGACAAAUAUUUUUGACUCCUGUGUUUUUUUUUUCCCUCCUCUUUUGUCCUCAUGAGUAGCUCUCAUUAAAACAGCGCUUCUGCUCUCAGAACUUUCAUCUCAACGUAUUUUCAUCUGCAUUGAAGAAGCUAUAUCAAAGUGCAAUAAACUUUUUUAAGUAAACUUUCAA